AUGGAGUUUUUUUUACACUCUUUUCAGUCUUCAACCAACAUUUUUAUUUUCUUCUCUGUCUUGGCUUUCACUGUCUUCUUCAUCUUUCGACUUCGUCGAAAGCUGCCAUACCCACCAGGCCCAAAAGGGCUACCCAUCAUAGGAAACAUGUUAAUGAUGGACCAACUUACCCAUCGGGGCCUGGAUAAGCUCGCCAAACAAUAUGGUGGGCUUGUUCAUCUCCAAAUGGGCUCCCUCCAUAUAGUGGCAAUAUCAACACCACAAAUGGCCCGUGAGGUUCUCCAGGCCCAAGAUAGCGCUUUCGCAAACCGGCCCGCAAAUGUUGCAAUUUCUUACUUGACAUACGACCGGGCCGACAUGGCUUUCGCAAACUACGGCUCGUUUUGGCGGCAGAUGCGUAAGAUCUGUGUAAUGAAGCUUUUUAGUCGCAAGCGGGCCGAGUCAUGGGCCUCGGUUCGUGAAGAAGUUGAAGAAACGGUUCGAACCAUAUCAGCGAACGUUGGUUCAGCCAUGAAUUUGGGUGAAUUGAUUUUUGCUCUAACGAGGAGGGUCACCUAUAAGGCCGCGUUUGGUGCGAGUUUAAAUAAGGGGGAAGAGGAAUUCAUGGGAAUCUUACAAGAGUUUUCAAAGCUUUUUGGAGCUUUUAACAUUGCAGAUUUCAUUCCGUGGUUGGGUUGGUUGCAUGCACAAGAUUUUCACAAGAGAUUGGUCAAUGCACGAAAAGCACUUGAUGUGUUUAUUGAUGAGAUCAUUGAUGAUCAUAUCAAAAAGAGGAACAUCAACAUGGAGAAUGAUAAUGAUGCAGAUAAAGAUAUGGUUGAUGAGCUUAUGGAUUUUCUUAAUGAAGGUAGUGUUGGUGAUGAUGCUGUGAAGCCAAACAAUUCACCAUCAAUCCUUAAGCUUACUAGAGACAAUAUCAAAGCUCUUAUCAUGGAUGUCAUGUUUGGAGGAACUGAGACAGUAGCAUCAGUGAUUGAAUGGAUUAUGGCGGAGCUUUUGAGAAGCCCAAUGGACCUUCACAAGGUCCAACAAGAGCUUGUUGAUGUUGUGGGCUUGGACCGAAGGUUUAUUGAAUCGGAUCUCGAAAAGUUGACUUUCCUCAAGUGCGUGGUCAAAGAAGCCUUGCGUCUCCACCCUCCAAUUCCAAUGGCUCUUCACGAGAGCGCAGAGGACAGCGUCAUUGAGGGUUACGCGAUCCCAAAAGGGACACGUGUCUGGAUCAACGCGUGGUCUAUAGGACGCGACAGCAGCGCGUGGGAUGAGCCAGAGACAUUCAAUCCUUCAAGAUUCUUGCGAGAAGCCGCACCCGAUUUCAAAGGAAGCGAUUUCGAGUUCAUUCCAUUUGGGUCGGGCCGAAGGUCAUGCCCAGGGAUGCAACUUGGGCUUUAUACUGUGGAGUUAACAGUGGCCCAUUUGCUUCAUUGCUUCAAUUGGGAGUUGCCCAAUGGAAUGAAGCCCGAGGAUCUUGAUAUGAAUGAUACUUUUGGGCUCACAGCUCCAAGAGCAGUUCAACUUGUUGCGGUACCUACAUAUCGUCUCAAGUGCCCUCUUUAUUAA